GUAGAAAAUUAUACGCCAAGAUAUUCAACAACAACGCACAAUUUUCUCCUUUCAACAAUGGAACCGAGGAUUUGUAGCAAUGAAGAGGACCAUCAUGCCCAGUAUGCUAUGCAAUUGGCAAGCGCAUCAGUGCUGCCCAUGGCGUUGAAAGCAGCCAUUGAACUCGGAGUGCUCGAGAGUAUAUCUGAGGCUGAAUCUGAAGCCAAACUCUCUCCACAGAUUGCAUCCAAACUUCCAACACAAAACAACCCAGAUGCCCCUUUGAUCCUUGAUCGUAUCCUCAGGCUUCUCGCCAGCCACUCCAUCCUCACUUGCUCUCAAGCCAACCAGGAUGGCCAGGUUCUCAGGCUCUAUGGUUUGGCACCUGUAGCUAAAUACUUCCUUAGGAACAAAGACAGAGGCUCUCUGCAUCCCUUGUUUGACCUGAUUCAGGACAAAGUCAUCCUAGAUAUGUGGUACAACUUGAAAGAUGCAGUUCUUGAGUGGGGACUUCCAUUUAAUCUUGCACAUGGGAUGGGAGCAAUUAAGUAUGUGGGGAGAGAUGCUAGGUUCUGUGAAAUAUUUAAGGCCUCUAUGGCAGACUACAACAGCUUGUUCGUGGAAGAACUGCUGAAAACGUACAAGGGUUUUGAGGGUUUAACGAGCCUGGUGGAUGUUGGUGGGGGCAAUGGCUCUAUCCUUCACAUGAUUGUUUCCAAAUAUCCUACAAUCAAGGGCAUCAACUUUGAUUUACCUCAUAUUAUUGAGAAGGCAUCUCCAAAUCUUGGUAUUGACCAUGUCGCAGGAGAUAUGUUCGUGAGCAUUCCAAAAGCAGAUGCCAUUUUCAUGAAGUGGAUGCUUCACAGUUGGGACGAUGAUCACUGGUUGAAGAUACUCGAGAAUUGCUUCGAAGCAUUACCGGUGAAUGGAAAGGUGAUGGUUGUAGAUUUGGUCAUUCCAGAGGAUCCUGAAACUGAAACUGGUGUUGCCGCUAAGAGCCUGUUUCAGAUGGAUUUGUUUAUGAUGAACAUGAAUGCAAAUGGCAAGGAGAGAACAGACAAAGAAUUUCAAAGUCUGGCAAAAGCAGCAGGAUUUUCUCAUGUUCGAGUGCCUUUUUGCGCUAAUAACUUCUCUGUUGUAGAGUCCUACAAGAACGCCUGAGAGUUAGUAUAUUGGCCUUAAUUAUGCUCAGCUGUAGGAACUUUUGCCUUCUUAUCUCUCUAAAAUCUGAUUGUUUUUACUCAUGAUGAUGCAAUUUCCGAGCUAAAUGGACGUCGUUUCAUGAUAUAAGUUGUAAGAAAUCAAUGAUGUUUGG